AUGGGUACUAAAAAGAAGCCGAAAGACACCUCUUUGGAGAUGAGGACAACUGAAAGCAACUUCUGUUUAAAGUUGUGUGAAGAUUGCCUUAGCUGCAAUAAGGAAAGACUGACCCAAAUUCUUAAGAAGAAUUUGCUUUGUGAAAGUUCCGUUCCAGUAGUUGAGGUACUAAGUGCAGAAAUUAAAACCUCAACUCAGUCUAUGAUAUCAAGGAUGAAUUUUCUUGAAGAGGCUGUAAAAGCUCAAAGUGAAGAAUGGAAAUUGGGUGGGGUUAAUUUGCUCUCAUUUGAUGUGAAAAUGAUGAAGGAGUCAAUUCAGGCCACAUCAACUAAGAUGGAUGUUAUUAAUAAAAGAGAAAAGAGGAAAAAUAAUAUCAUUCUGUACAACAUGUCUGAAAAGGAAAAUAUUAAAGAGUCAGUUAACAAGCUACUAAAAGAGAUCUCAGGCAGAGACUUGGGGACAGAGGUAGUUGAAAUUUCAAGAUUGGGGAGAAAGAAAGAUAGAAUAAGUAACAGGAAGAUUUUUGAAGAGAAAAAAAAAGAAAUUGGUGAAAAAGAUGAUGUAUCAAAGUGGUCAUUCAGACUGAAGGGCGUGCCAGGAGACUUUUAUGUUAUUGCUUUCAAGAAGCAAAAUUUACUAAAGUAA